AUGUCCGUAUACGACCCUUCACUUCUUAGUCAGUUUUUACCGCAGUAUUAUAAACGGAUAUUUCCUUUCAAACCAUACGUGAAAUGGCUCUGCUAUAACCAAAAGCCUGCAGAUUACUUCGCAAGACGUGAGUUCGCGUUCAUUCUUGAGGGAGACGUGCAUCUUCGGUAUCGAUGCUUUGAGGACCAAGCCGAAUUUGAACGAGAAUUGUGUAAAAUUAGUCCACAUAAGUUGGAUAUCGGAGCGGUUUACUCCCAUAAGCCAAAAGAGAAUAAAAAGCAUUCGGAUUUCAAAGCUGUUGAACGUGAACUUGUUUUCGAUAUCGAUCUCACUGAUUAUGACAAUGUACGGAAAUGUUGCACCGAGGCAAAGGUAUGUGCGAAAUGUUGGAGGUUUGUCUCUCUCGCGGUACAAGUCCUUGAUAAGCUACUCGAAGGUAUGCAUUUAUUAUCAGGUCACCUGAACGAGGCAAAGGUAUGUGCGAAAUGUUGGAGGUUUGUCUCUCUCGCGGUACAAGUCCUUGAUAAGCUACUCGAAGAUCACUUCGGAUUCAAAGCUCGAAUGUGGGUGUUUUCUGGACGGCGAGGUGUUCAUUGCUGGGUAGGAGAUGAGAAGGCGAGGAAGCUGACGAAUGCUGGGCGCUCUGCUGUUGCUGAAUAUCUCUCAUUGAUUGUGGGUGACAAACUCGAUAUAUACGGUAAUCGUACCAGUAUGGCCAAGAAAUUGCUUCCUGUUCACCCCAUGGUGGAGACUGCUUAUCGCGUAGCCAUGGAAUGUGGUGAAAUGGAUGAAAUGGUUCUCGAACAGGGUUGGCUUGAACUCGAUUCUGCACUUGCAAUAUUGAAGCAUUGCGAAGAUCCCGAGCUGCAGGCUACACUUCGGUCUCAGUUCGAAGAAGUAGACAGCCCCGCGAUGCGAUGGCAACUCCUAAAACGCCGUUUCGAUGAUAACUACAGAAAGGAAAUGAAGCGAUCUAAUCAAGUGAUUCCAGAGCCUGUUUCUGGUGUAAGCAGGAACUUCUUGCGAUGGUUCGUACUGUGGCAUGCAUACCCUCGGCUGGAUGUCAAUGUGUCUACAGGACUGAACCAUUUAUUGAAGUCACCAUUCUGUAUUCAUCCGAAAACAGGGAACGUGGCUGUACCUUUGGAUGUAAGCAAGAUAAGCGAGUUCGACGUUACGACGUGUCCUCGUGUUGACAUUCUCAUCAACGAACUGUCGAAAAACGCUGCAGAUGAAGAUGUUAAGGAAAAUCGGAAAAUUCUAGGCUACAAGCACACAUCCCUUGCUCCGUAUGUGGAAAACUUCGAAAAGUUCGUAGAGCUUGCUGUGACCAGUUGA